ACCGCUGACUAACGUGGGACAGAGCGGUAAACCAGUACACAUUUGGUAGUGAUAGCGCAAGCCUCGCCUCUCUCUCUCUCUCACUCGAUCGACUUAACUGCUAAUUUAAGAGUUAAAUUGUGGGAUGAGAAGAAUUUCUGCCCCUGCUUGGAAAUACCAUUAACUGAGGACAGCAUAGCCUCAUAUCGCUGUCAAUGACAGCAUAGCCUCACAUCGCUGUCAAUGACAGCAUAGCCUCGCAUCGCUGUUACUGAGGACAGCAUAGCCUCAUAUCGCUGUCAAUGACAGCAUAGCCUCGCAUCGCUGUCAAUGACAGCAUAGCCUGGCAUCGCUGUUACUGAGGACAGCAUAGCCUCAUAUCGCUGUCAAUGACAGCAUAGCCUCGCAUCGCUGUCAAUGACAGCAUAGCCUCGCAUCGCUGCCACUGAGGCCAACAUAACACCACAGCGACCACGAGAGGUCAAGACUUUCUGACUCAACUGCGGACCGCAGCAUCUGUCAGCAUUCAGUAAGCAGCAGCAUAUGUGAACGAGGUGCAGCCAGUCAUAUAUAUAACACCCACGUCGGCGUACACAAGAGAACUGGCGAGGAACCACAAGUGGAAUAGUAAAGACGAACAUUUUAGCAAUUAAAAUAAAAACAUUUGAAAUAUGAUUCAACAGGCAAAAAAAAUCUGUUGCGAAAAGCAUACAAAACAAUCCUGGACAAGGUGAAAAAUAAAGAAAAGGUAGGAAAGUAAGUAGGGGAAAAUCUCAGAGGAAGAACACAGUGAAGAAGGAAGGACAGAGCAGGAAAGGGAGAAGGAAAACAACAUAUUGGUUCUGCAUGUCAGUUCAGCCAUUCAACAUGGCCGCCAGCUACGACCCAGUCAAGCGCCUUGAUCGUCCCGUCACUCUGGAAACCAACACAAUGCAGGUGGCGGAGGAGUUCUGGAGUCGGCAGGACCCUGAUAGGACCCGCAGGAUCCCGCUAGCAAUGGUCAGGGACCGGAUCCUACUGACGAAGGAGGCGGACGGCAUCCCCAAUGCCCUGGUGGUACAACUCCUUCGCCAGGCAGACAACAACAGCGAUGGCUACCUCGACUACGAGGAGUACAUGCGCUUUGCCGAAGCCUCAGCAGAGCACUCGAGGUCCCGAGAGGUGUUCAACAAGGCGGCCUUGAGUGUGGUGCCCCGGGGAGAGCGUACCGCCGACAGGAGGAACUACCUGCAGGAGUACAAGUGCUGCCCUCCGGCACUCUUCAUGGUCACCGCCACCUUGGUUGAGAUUGUGGUGUUCAUUUACUACGCUGUGGAUAUGAACAAGCCGAUAGGGCCGUCUGGACCUGCGCCCCUGUACUCCCCACUCAUAUACAACCCGUACAGACGCUAUGAAGCCUGGCGCUAUCUCACCUACGCUCUCAUUCACUCUGGGUAUGUCCACCUGGUGUUGAACCUGGUGAUGCAGAUGGUGCUGGGGCUGCUGCUGGAGCUGGUCCACGGAUGGUGGCGUGUGGGAGUGAUCUACCUGUCUGGGGUGCUGGCGGGCUCCCUGGCGCAGUCCAUCACCCAGCCCACUGUGUACCUGGCGGGGGCCUCCGGGGGCGUCUAUGCUAUAACCUAUGCUCAUGUAGGCAACCUCCUGUUGAACUGGUCAGAGAUGGAGUUCCGAUGGCUGCAGUUGAUAGUGUGUCUGCUGGUAACGGUGUUGGACGUCAGCUACGCCCUCUGGGACUCCUACGGCAGCCCCACGCCCUCCAACACAGGUCACAUGGCUCACCUGGCAGGCGCUAUCGCCGGGGUUCUGAUGGGCAUCAACAUCCUGAUGAACCUGAAGAAGAGGCGGUGGGAGCGUAUCUGCUGGUGGGUCGCACUCUUCCUGUACGUGGCUCUGGUGAUCACGGCCGUUAUUCUCAACGCUGCGCUCCCAGUACCCGACUACUUUCCCGACAACGACUACACCGACCUGGUAGUUGUAAGAGAGAACUACCUCAACAGCCUCCUCUAGUCUUCAAAGAGAGCCUGGCAUUCACCCAAGUCUUGUCCAGCUGAAGCCUUCUGGAACUUGAAUUACACAAAAGUAGCUAUGUAAACAGCCUAGCUUCUUGCUACAGAAUUGACUUUUUUUCCCUAGUACACAGUAUAUAAAUGUGUACUUGGAUACUGUCAAUAGACGCUAGACUAUUUUUUUCUAACAUUGUUUAGGAUUAUAAAUGUUGUCUGUGGCAUUUUUUUUAUGCACCAAGGCAUUAAAAACUGAUGGAGAAUUUGUGUAUAAGUCGACUUAUGGGCACAAGAAUAUCUGUGAUGAUCUAUUUCGUAUUCUCAAGUAUUUUGAUAAUAUAUGUUUUUUGUAAAAUGGAUGAGCUUUUGAUGUUAAAUUUAAAUUACCAAGCAUGCCUUAUUACUCUAAUGUUUAACAUUAAAUCUAUCCAUAUGAAGAUUUUUUAUAGCUUGAAAGAUAUUGUUCAUGUGUGUGAUAAAAUGGAAUCGAGAACUCUGUAUAAAUGUAUGUAAUUUGAACUUACUGGAAUCUGAAGGUUUAAUAGAAGAGAUAUUAUUUAUAUAUUUUUUAAUGUAGUUGUGAACAAAUAGAUGUUAGAAUGUAAGUUUAUAUUUCUGUGUUAUGUAAUGUUUCUGUGAUAUCUGACGCAAAUGCGUUUAUAAACUAGUUACCAGCAGCUAUAAACUAGUUACCAGCAGCUAUAAACUAGUUACCAGCAGCUAUAAAAUAGUUACCAGCAGCUAUAAACUAGUUACCACAGUUUAUAGCUGCUGGUAUAGCUGAUCACAGUUGAUUACUACAAAGUUCAAUUCGAAUAGUUGUAAGUUCCUGUCCGAAACGCUAUAUGCGUGUUAGUGGCUUUGCAAGAAUGUAAGAACACCAAUGUUAUGUACUCUCAUAAACCUAUUGUACCUUCUUGUACACAAAUAAAUAGAUAAGCUAGGAUGGAAGGUAAAUGAUCGGUUCAGUGUCGAAUACUCGAAGGCUGAAACGUGCCAUCUAGAUUUUCCCAUCGAGGUUGUCACUUUCAAUUGUGUGUUUUUAAAAACGGUGAAGUAUUAACCGGAGAAAACUCCUGUUGGUAUACGACUUCUAAUACAGCAUUAGAAAGGGCUAUGAAGACAAGGUCGAGGUGGAUAUGAGUAUGGGGGGAAAUGAAAACGGUGCCCAAACACUUGGACCAUCUGGGAUUGAACGCCAGCCAAGCAAUAUACAAAAGUUCUUGUGGAACACCUCGAGCCAUUACCAUAAAAUCCACAUAAUUGUACUUCACAUGAACAUAGAACAUUGUAAAGAAAUGUGGGUAGUGUGUUUUAGAACACUGAACUGUGUCUUAUACAGUGAGCUUUUGAUAUACAUAUAUUACUCCAUAAUUAACAUCUAAUCUUUAAUUUCAUAGUUGUCUUUGGUGGUCGAGUUUGGACCUGGGUUUAGGUAAGAUUGAUUUCAAUCUCCAUCUAUUGCACUAGCUGGUGAGUAGCCAUACUUUGGGAAGUCUCUUUUUGGUAAAAUUCAUGACUGUGCUACUUCCUACCAUCUGCUGUCAUCUCCAUACAAUCUGGUAUCUACACCUAAGUCCUACCCAUGCUGCCUGGACCUGUAGCAAGUAUUCCCACCACCACCCUUCAUCCUCCCACCCAAGGAACAUCUUAUAUACAUUGCUAUUAUAAUAAGAUUUGACCAAUGAUCGUAAUAAAGCAUAAACAUUG